UCGAAAUCAGUGAUGGCCGCGAGGCUCCGGACGCACGUUACGUUGAGAUUGUGCCCAGUUUGUUUAUCGUAACGUUCUCGGCGACGCGAAGCGUUCGGCAGCCCCUCGUCCGGCGCAGACCGAAACGUGGACGCGUUCACGCGUGAGAAGUCCGCUCGCGCGAAUCUCGUCGGUUCUGAACGGGCUUCGGAAACCGACGCGGUCCGGUCCUCUUGACAGUUCUCUGUCCCGUGUUUGCGUGCAGCAGUAGCCCAGACGAGUGCCGCGAGAAGUGUCGUCGCUGUCGUUAACUGUCGCCGCUCGGCCGACUUUCGCGGCGGUACUAAAUGACGUCGUGUGUGUGAGAUAAAACGAUUAAGAAAGGAUCCUUCGUCGACACAGGGACGGCAACCCCACACCCGUCGACGCAUUUUUCUCUCAACGCUCUCUCUCUCUCUCUCGCUCUCGCUCGCUCUCUCACACCUUCGGCGAAGAGACACACGCGCAUCGAGGACGACCAAGAGAUGGCGGGUCCUGUCUCUCCUAGCACGAACCGCAACCGGCCGAACCUAGCCUAAUCAUCGUCUAUUUGCAUUCGCGCUAAAAUCGGCGGCGACCUCUAUGAUUGUCCGCGUGACCAAUUCCUAAUAAACUGAGGUGAUGUUAAUAGCGCACGUAUUCGCAACUGCCUAAACAAACAAUUACCCAUAAGAUUUAAUCGAGGUUCUUUUAUCGGAAAACUCGUUCCCCCAUUCAUCUGACGGCGGAAGGUUCUGGUUUGUUCGACGGAACCACCAUGUUAUAUUUAUCGAACAGUAACACCGUUAAGCAGAUUUAACAACAAUUUCGCAAAUGCAACGAUCACAGAGAGACCGUUGUUAUUUGUUUACGUUUUAAAUUGACACCCGAAGAAUGCGGUCGUUUUUUCACCAGCCGAUUUCAACUGCAAGCGAAAGAUAUUGCUCGGGUCAGCACAUUGUUGCUUCGUCGAAGGCGAGAAUAAUGGAAUGCUUGGAUACCUGAAAAACUCGACUCGACCGGUAAGGGAUGUACGGUCAUCCCAGUCAACGAGUUAACGAAUUGUUAAAUAGAAGGAGAUGGAAAUUCGUCACCCUUGAAAGCGAAGGGUAAAAUGGCAGAGGAUGGUGCCGGGGGAUCAGGAAAUGGGAGCACGGGAGAGGCGAGCCGGUUGCAGCUUCUGCAAGAAAUGCGGCAGCAAAAUUUCGACAGCAUCCGAUUUGCGUCGUAUCGGACCGCUUGCAAGCUAAGAUUCAUUCAGAAGAAGGUACACUUACACAACGUCGACAUCUGGAAUGUAAUCGAGGCGUUCCGUGAAAACGGUUUGAACACAUUGGAACCGUCGAGCACGCUGGGCGUAUCGAGGCUCGAAACUUUACUGUCUUCCUUGUUUCACGCCCUGAACAAACGAGUGCCUGUCUCGCAACAAGCCAAAGUCGACGCCACCACGGCCUUGCUAAUGAAUUGGCUGCUCGCUGCUUACACUACCGGGGAGAACAAUAAAAUAUCCGUGUUCUCGGUAAAAGUCGCCUUAGCCACAUUAUGCGCCGGGAAACUGAUGGACAAAUUCCGAUAUAUAUAUUCGCAAAUAUCGGACAGUAACGGUCAUAUGAUCCACUGGAGGUUCGCCGAAUAUUUGAAAGAAGUUCUAGCGCUAACGGCCGCGGUUUACGAGACCCCGUCUUUCGGAUACACCGAGGGCCUUUCAAACUCAAUAUUUCCUCAGAAUUUAAAAGUCACGGUCAACGACUUUUUGGAUACACUCAUGUCCGAUCCUGGUCCACAUUGCUUAAUUUGGCUUCCGCUGUAUCAUAGAAUGGCUGCUGUUGAAACCAUGGCUCAUCCCGUCAUGUGCGACGUGUGCCAUAAAGAGAACUUCACCGGCUUCCGGUAUAGAUGCCAGAAAUGCCACUCGUACCAGCUUUGUCAAGACUGUUUUUGGCGUGGCAAAGUUUCUGGGACACAUAACAACGAUCACGAGACGAGGGAAUACAGCAGUUUUAAAUCGCCGAGCAAGCAAAUUGGACAUUCCCUGCGGAAAAGCUUCAGAUGCGUACCUGAGAAAGGGAAGAACAGUUUACCACGGUUCCCUGAACAACCCGAAAAGACUUUAGAUUUAUCUCACAUUGUCCCGCCUUCCCCUCUACCAUCUCAUAAUGGCUUUCCAGACCCCGGUUUCAUGGCUCCUUUUGAUUCUGGGUCAAUGGAUAGCCGUUCCACAUUAAGAAGUAUGGAUAGUUCAAGACUGGAUGAUGAACAUAAAUUAAUAGCACGAUACGCACAAAGGUUGGCUCAGGAAGCUAGAACCAUGCCACGAGCCUCGUCCAGAAUGUCGCAAGCUGAGCAAGCAGGUAGGGCGCCGUCUGACGCUAACUUGGUGUCUUUAGAUGCCUCGAGAGCACAACGCGAACUUAUAUCGCAGUUAGAAGCAAAGAACAAGGAAAUAAUGCGCGAGAUUGCAAGGUUAAGAGAGAGAGAGAGAGAGGGAGUACGAACUUAUUGGUAUGCUACCGAGAGACAACAGGAGAUAGAAGCCGCUGGUUUAGAAAAUCCUGCGCUAAUGUCAGAAUUGAGAGCUUUGAGGCAAAAGAAAGACGAGUUGGAGACUCACUUAGCCACCUUGCAAGAUUCUAGAAGACAAUUAAUGGUACAGCUAGAAGGUUUAAUGAAAAUGCUGAAGAAUCAUCAGGCAUCACCAAGAUCAACGCCAAAUAGUUCACCACGCAGUACAAAAUCGCCACCCUUACCACCGGGUGCUGUUCCAAGUAGUAGAUCAGCACCGCCAACACCUGGUGGCCCAUUGUCUACGACUCCGCAGCAACAACAGCAACAAUCACAGUGUCAACAGCAGAUGUCUCAAAGCUAUCAAAAUCCUGUCCCAACGACAUCAGUGGCAAAUGUACCCAGUAAUGCUAUGCUUGGAACAAUACAAAAUCCUAUUCCAGAUAACUUAUCGUGUGUUGGAGGUGAUGUAAGGUCUGCGUUCAGGACAAACAGCUUACCAGGAAGUGGUUCCAGCAGUGCGAAUAAUAGCUUGGGCCGAUCUUUGCGCAAUGACUUGUUGGUAGCUGCUGACAGUGUUACUAAUGCCAUGUCAACGCUUGUGAGGGAAUUGAAUUCAGACUCAGACCAGGAGGAUCAUUCUCACAACUCUGGCCGUCUUAACAUCAGAAAGCCGUUAGACUUCGAGGCUGGUGAAGACGGGGAUGAUAGUAGUGGCGGUGGAAAUUCGUGGCGGGAAGAGCUGCAACGUCGCUACCAGCAAGAGAACGAUUUCCUGGCCGAAUUGCGGGCACGUAACGUUAAUAUGACGCAGACACCGUCGGCCACUCCAUCCAGCGAGCAAGAACAAGAGAGAGGCGAGAGAGAAGAGGCGGACGGAGAGAAGGAGGAAGAGAACGAAUCCAACUGGACAGAACCUGUGAAGCGAUGGGUCAAUCGAUAAGUUUAAUUUAAAAGUUAUUUACAUGUACUUGAAUAACGGCUUAGAAACUGCUACCCAAUCGAAACGCAAAUAAAUUAUAUUAUAGCACCAUGAGCUAUUUAUGAUGGGCAUAUA